ACCUGCUGUUCCUUUCAACCAUUCAAUCAGCAUCUUCACUGAAACCAUGGCUGAAAUAAAAUGUGCAAACGACUCCAUGGAGGUGAUCAGUGCUCUCAGUAGACCCUUCCGUCUGGGCAUGCUCUAUGAUGCCUGCAGUGACAGAAUAGUCCCAGGAGUCAGCAUAUGGAAGACUGAGGAUGUUACAAAUGCUACACGAGUCAGUCUUCAGCCCAACAUGAGAUACCAGGUGGCAGACUCGAAGUCUACUAGGGAUAAGACUAAUCUACUGGACGUAAGCGCUUCAGUGAAGCUCAGUUUCUGUGCUGGGCUGAUUGAGGCAGGGGGAUCUGCCCAUUAUCUGAACAGCCAGACAUCUUCCCAUCAACAAUGCAGCAUCACCUUGCACUACCACCAGACCACUGAUUUUAAGGAGCUCAUGAUAUCUGAACUAGCGGCUCCACAACCUGAGGUCUUUGACAUGACUGAUGCUACUCAUGUCGUGGUGGGAUUGCUGUAUGGAGCAGAUGCACUGAUGGAAUUCCAGCAAUCAGUCAGCAGUGAGGAGAGCAAGCAGGACAUAGAGGGUGAACUGAAUGUGAUGAUUAAGAAGAUUCCAGGAAUUCAGAUUGAUGGCCACGGUAAGGUAACAAUGAAUGAUGAGGACAAGAAGAAGGUGCAGAAUUUCAACUGUAAGUUCUACGGUGAUGUUCAAGUGAACAGCAUUCCGUCUACAUAUGAAGGUGCUGUGCAGCUGUACCAAAAUCUGCCCCAUCUGCUGGGUGACAAUGGAGAAAAGGCUGUGCCAGUCAAGGUCUGGUUGUAUCCUCUGAGCAAAUUAAAUAAUACUGACAUGAAGCUGAAGAGGAUGAUCUCAAAGACGCUGGGGGAUGAGGCUGAGACAGUCAUGGAUGAUUUCCACCAAGCUAAGAUGAGAAUCAAUGACCUGUUGGAACAAAGCAAGAAGAUAAAAGUUGAGGCCAUCACUAAACAACUCAAAGACUUUCAAGGUAGUCUUAGUGUUUUCAGCACUGUGUUCUUGAGCAAAUUAUCAAAGUUGAUCCCAGCUAUCAGAAGAGGACAAGACAAGACAGAAACAGACAUGGCAAAAUUACUUCAAGCCAGAGACACACUUGGCUUCAGCGGGGAGCAAAUGAAGCAAUGGCUUGAUCAAAAGGAGACUGAGAUAAACAUUGUCACUGCCUACCUGAAGAGUCUGGGUGAUGAGAACAAAGCUCCCGAGAAGAGUCCAAAUGUUGAUAUUAAACCUCCGGGCCCAGAGCUUGAAUCCUACCUCUUGCAGCCAGACGUAGGUGAUGUGUACGUGUUCAGCUUCACCUCACUGGAAUAUGAGGAGCCUUACCUGGAAAAAGUCAAAGAGGCUCCCAAGAAACUUGAGGAUAUUUUGUCAAACAGUACGCCUGAACAUAAAACAGAACAGGAAGAUCCCUGGUACAUGAAGGAAGAUGCCAGGAAGGCCCUGAAGGAAUCAAAGGAAAUCUUUGAAGCACUACAAGAAAAAGCCAAAAUAAUCAGUUUCAUCUCCGACCAAGAUUACUCAGGAGCUUCGAUCCGCUUGUAUCAAAAUGGUGACCUGAAGGAUCGACAUGUUACGUCCAAAGAUGAUUCUGAAGGUGUUCCUUCUCCCGGGCCAAUCCAGUUUGUGUCAGUGCAGCUAGACUCAGUGUCAUUACGCUGGUCACCUCCAGAGGGCGCUCCUGGUAACUACACCUACAAGGUCACCUGGACAGACGGUCAAAGUGAUGACAGCCUUGAGGUGAGGACAGGUGUGGAGGCAGAUGUGACAGGGCUGACUCCAGGAGAGAAGUACCACUUCACUGUGGCCACCCUGAGCCAAGAUGGUCGCCAGAGUACACCUGUGGAGGCUGAUGUUUACUUAGGUGUUCCUCCUCCUGGGCCGAUCCAGUUUGUGUCAGUCCAGCCAGACUCGUUGUCAUUACGCUGGUCACCUCCAGAGGGCGCUCCUGGUAACUACACCUUCUCGGUCAAUUGGAAAGGAGGUCUAAAGCAUGUUACAGAUAAUGCUUUAAAGGUGGAAGAGCUGUAUCCUGGAGAGAUGUACCGCUUCACUGUGGCCACCCUCAGCAAAGAUGGCCGCCAGAGCACACCUGUGGAGGGGGCAGAGUACACAGAAGUCCCGCCACCAGAAAACCUCAAUGUGGUCGAGGUGUCGCUUGCUGCCACUCUGACCUGGACCAAACCAGCUAGAGUGGACCAGGUGACUUACCUGCUGAAGAUGAUCAGAAACCAGGAAGUCAUAGACACCAUCAAGACAGAGUCCUGCAGCUACAGCAUUAUCUCAUUACUAGAAGCCAUCAGUGUCACCACUGUACUCAACAAUGGCCGUCAAAGUAAACCAGCCUUCAUAAACCUCUAGUGGGCCUUUCAAAGCCAGUGAGUAACCAGUUGGAGUGGACCUAGUCUACAUUCCGCAGAUCAUCAAACAUCAGGGCACAGAGAAACUCCUACCAUCAAUGUCCUGUAAGCAGCACAACAUUUAGAGGGUGCCCAGGGAACUUCUGGAAUCAACUUUCUCAGUGUUGAAUUGACAAAUUUUUACUGUUGUAUGUACGUUUAGUGUACCUGCUCUGCUGCAGAUCAUCAAACACCACUGUAAACAACGGCCAUCAAAGUAAACAGCCUACAAAUCCUUCAAUACAGAAGCCAGUAUGAGAGUUCACAUAUAUAACCUGUUUUAAUCUUUGUUGUGGUGGUGGUGGUCAUAGUGUAUGUAAUGAUUCCCAAACGUUUUCAGUGAGGAUCCCGCUGCCUAGGCAUUUCUUUGGCCAUUAAUAUUACUAGAUUUUCCAUUAAUAGUUUAUCCACUAAUAUUGCUAGAAAUCCACAGGACCGCAAAUACAUCUAUUAACCAUACACGUGAAUGCUGUUGCUAGCCCAAUGAUGAAAUUAUUAGCUGUUAACCUGUGUAUUUCCCGUUUUAUGCGAUGUCCCUUUUAUCCACGACCCCCUUCAGUACCUCCACGACCCCCGUAGGGGUCUCGACCCCCAGUUUGGGAACCACUGGUGUGUA